GGAAAUCGCGCGCCACGGACGCCCACCAUGGCACCGUCGCGUCCUCUCGCCCCUGCGCCGUAGCGAGCGAGCCGUGCGUAACAGGAGAGACCGGGGCGCUGCGCCAUGGCCAACUCCAGCGCACCAUCGGGAGGCUUGGAGCUGACGGUGGGCUCGCCGCCGUCCGAGCCCCCCGCCGCUGCCGACGUCUUGAGCGUGGUGCCCGCUUUCUGGGACUCGCCACUGAGUCACGGCAUCAACGUGUUCGUGGGUUUGGUGCUGUGCUUCACCAUGCUCGGGCUGGGCUGCACCGUGGACGUCAGCCAGCUGGGCGAGCACAUCCGACGGCCGAUCGGGGUGCUGCUGGCCGUCGUGUGCCAGUUCGUCAUCAUGCCCCUUGUCGCCUUCCUGCUGGCACUCGCCUUCUCCCUGGACGACGUGGCCGCCAUGGCCGUGCUGCUGUGCGGAUGCUGCCCAGGGGGUAACUUGUCCAACAUUAUGUCGCUGCUGGUGCACGGAGAGAUGAACCUCAGCAUCAUCAUGACCAUCUCGUCGACGCUGCUGGCCUUGGUGCUGAUGCCGCUGUGCCUGUGGAUCUACAGCCGCGCGUGGAUCAACACGCCCGUGGUCAACCUCAUGCCCUUUGGCGCCAUCAUCUUGACACUGUGCAGCACGCUCAUCCCCAUCGGCCUCGGCGUCAUGCUGCGCUACCGCUACACGCGUGUGGCCGACACCGUCUUGAAGGCGUCGCUGUGGUCUCUACUCAUCACCCUGGUGCUGCUCUUCAUCCUGACGGCGGCCAUGCUGGGCCCCGAGCUGCUGUCGGCCAUCCCGCCCUCCGUGUACGUCGUGGCCCUGUUGAUGCCCAUGUGCGGCUACGCGGCGGGCUACGGCCUGGCCGUGUUGUUCCAUCUGCCGCCCAACUGCCGUCGCGCCGUCUCGCUGGAGACGGGCUGCCAGAACGUGCAGCUAUGCACCGCCAUCCUCAAGCUGGCCUUCCCGCCGCAGCUGAUGGGCGGCAUGUACAUGUUCCCGCUACUCUACGCGCUCUUCCAGGCGGCCGAGGCGGGCGUCUUCAUCCUGGCGUACCGGACGUACCGCAAGCAGGUGCUGGGCAAGGAGGAGCCGCCGGCCCGGCGGGACGGUGAGGAUACGGACAUCACGUACCAACGCUUCCAGGACGAGGAUGUCGAUUUUGACGCUUCGUACGGGGCGGUGACGGUGAGCGACCCAAACACCAUCAUGCUGGACCCCUGCCCGCCAAACCCUACGCCUGUGUGACAAACACAAAGUUAAUGUGACGUACAUGAAACAAAAGAAUAUAAGACAGGCUGAUGCAUGGAAGGCCUCAAUAAUCCCUGUAUUUCCAUUUUCAAUUGGCAAUCGAUCGCAAAUAAAAAAACUAUGGCUAAAAAAAAAAGUUUCAUCUCAAAUCACAACUCUUUUUAUUUUGUAUUUUUGAUCAUAAUUUCAAAUCAGUACUGUAUAUGGACAUUCUGGCCUUUUCAACCUCUUACAAGAAAUUAAAACGUUAAUAGCCACGUUUUUAUCUUUUUGAUAUUCGAUUGCCAAUUGGAAAGAAUGAACGAGAUACAAAUUCUCAAUGUGUAUCAUUUAAAAAAAAAAAACAUGCGUGAAAACACCAGUCUGUGAAUGUAACAAUCAGCCAUUUUGUGUGUACGAACAGAUGUAAAAUGUGUAUAUGGAGAAAAAAAAUAUAUGGAGGAAAUUAAAAUUGUACAGAAUG